UGGGUUUCAUUAAAUAUGACUCACAUAGAUGAACACUUCUCUGUCUGUGUUCAUAUGGGGAUUUCUGCCUUUUUAAGAGAUCGGUAAUCGGUGUCCUAUGGCUAUUUUAACGGAUAUCUUCGUUUCAUCGGCUGUCAGUAUCACUGGAUCUCGCUUCAUCGGUUAUUAUUAGUAUAUAUUGGAUAUACCAACCGUUUGUUGAAAAUAAGGCAAAACAACAGCAAGGCGAGGAGAAGAUGCCUCAACCCAAGGUGAAGCUGGUGGUGACAGGAGAUGAUUUCGGGUACUGCGAGAGAAGAAAUCAAGGGAUUGUGGAUUGCUUCAAAGCUGGUGGGAUCUCCAAUGUCUCUCUUCUGGUCAAUGCAGUCUCAGCGGAGCACGCGGCAGAGCUGGCUAAAAGGAAUCACAUCCCCAUUGGACUCCAUGCGAAUCUCUCAGAGGGUCUUCCAGUCUCUCCGGCUCUAAAGGGAUCAACGCUCCUCAACAAGGAUGGAUUCUUCCAUGGCAAGAUGGGCUUCCGGGAAGUUUUGCAGAGUGGUCAGCUCAAGACGUCAGAGGUGGAGGCGGAGCUCAGAGCCCAGGUAAAUCGAUUUUGUGAACUGGUUGGCCACAUGCCCUACCAUAUGGACGGCCACCAGCAUGUGCACAUUCUGCCAGAGGUGCGAGUGGUGUUUGCACAAGUUCUCUCUGAUUUUGGAAUCACCUACACACGGGUCCCCAUAGAACCCGGACUUAAAUUUUGCACCUUCCUCCCGCCGCGUCUGCGGGACUUCAAUGCACAGGUUGAAAAAGAUGCCCUAGAAUCUAUCGAGGUCUUUCAUCGCCAUGGAAUUAGAUGGCCUGACGUAUACCUGGGCCUGAGCACCAUGGGUAAGAACAUGUCUGUGUCCAACCUGAAACGCGCUUUGGGCUUCACGCUGGAAGCUUCACUAGAUGACCGUGUAACCUCCCCAUUGAUACGGUCCAAUGAUGCCACGACUGACUCCUAUUGUCCGGUUACAGCAGAGCUCAUGGUGCAUCCAGGAUAUCCAAGUCAACCUCACCAGGGCGGAUGUGGAGAAGGACCGGAUGACUUCUCACAGUCCGCAGACCGACUACACGAGCUGAAUACUUUGAGGGACCCUUUGGUGCUUAACUACUACAGGCAACAGGGGAUCCACCUCUGUGCCUUUAAAGACUUUUAAACACCUAGAGCAGAGGAUUUGAGGUAUUGCAAACUGAAUGUCUUCUGCUUUAAGAUCUUGACCCAUACCUCAAUUAGUCAUUAGAGUACGAGUUCAUGGUUUGGGAAAGACAGAAAAAUCGGCAUUCAGUUUCAGUGUGCUGCUUCCAAAGCCCAUACCAAACAAUUUGAAGCUGCUACUUGAAGUAGAGCCAAAACUCUAUUAUACUAAUUAUUCAACAGAAACACAAGAUACUAUUAGA